AUGAAGCUUUACUUCACCUCAUUGGCUGCCUUGGCAGCUCUCGUCACUGCUGCUGCUGCUAAAAGCACUACUUGCGAGAGCAACCAGAUUGUUGUUUGCAGUGGCAAUGGCAACGCUGGUCUUUUGUCCUUGGGAAAUAUUGCUCCGGGACUUCUCGGCGAGAAUUGCUCAGGGGGAGAAGUUUACUGCUGCUCCGAAGAGGAUGUCGAACAGAUUGGUUUGAUCAACCUCAAUCUGAACGCGCAGUGCAGUCUCAAUAGACUCCUUUAA